AUGGCGGUGUACGCCGCGCACUUAACCCGUACGUUGCAAGGUACUCCAUCUGUGUUCCAAGUGACCGCUCAAGAAGCUCUAGGUUCCACAGUUAAGCCAGCAUUGAGGAAACUUAUCGAGUAUCUAGCAUCAGUUUACCCCAAAAAGUGUGGAUGGUGUACAAAAUGGUACCACGAGUUGUACCUGUUGUUUGAUUUUUGCCUGCAGUAUCACUACCUGAAACACUAUGCUGCGUCAUUUUCUGAAUGUUUCUACGGCCUCCACCGAGUGCCACUGUCGCCCAGCACUGAGUUCAGCUCCGGGCCGCGGCUGCCUGAGGCCUUGGAGAGAGGUUCCCUUGCUCUGCUAGUCCUAGUGCCUUAUCUGAGGGAUAAGUUGGAGCAGUUGGUCAACAGGUGGAGGGAAGAUUUGGAGGAUGGGAGACUAGGUAAGAGCAAGCCCGACCAAGCUCGAAAAGCCGCGGUCAAGCUUUAUUCCAUAGCGCACUUCGUCGCGGAGUCGACAAGGCUAAUUGUGCUUGCGCGGUACCUCACCGGGAAGGGCGAAGCUCCCAGCCUGUCGCUACACCUGUUAGGGCUGACUUUGAGGGACGCGCCGCCCGAGGAACCCGAUGAGAACACUUGGGGUGACUUUUUCAAGGCCGUGUUUAAUGGACAGCUUGGCACUGCGGUGGUGACGUUUCCGAUGAUGUGGCGCGUGGCCAGCAACGCGGUGGAGUACGGCGCGUUUGCGGUGCAGCUGCUACGGUGGUGGGACGCCAGGGCUCCGCUGGCGUUGGCUGCGUUGCCAGCGCCGCCGCCACCUCAGAAAGACGAGCGUGACACCCGGUGGCAGAACAUCUGCCCAGUGUGCUUGCAGCGCUGGAAAGCGCCCACCGUGCUGCCUGUGUCGGGUUACGUGUUCUGCUACGCGUGCAUUUCGCGACACGUGCGCAGUGCGAAGGCGUGCCCCGUGACACGGCUGCCAACAAGUGAACGGGCACUCGUGCGGUUAUACCUCGAUACGUAACCUUAUGAAAUUAACUAACCGGAGUCCGGAGUCACAUGAUUUUAAUAUUGCAUGUGAUGUUAGGGCUGUAUCUGAUUACUUCAGUAUACACUAUGGCAAUUGUUUACACAAAAACUAUUAGGUUUUCGGUUUCACAGAUAAUUCUCAGAGACAGUACUUAAAGUAAAGCCUGUGAACUAUUAUUUCGGUUUACAUUUACACGUUGUAUAUACAUAAAUUUUGCAGGCGCAG